UCUCUACGGCCGCCCGAGCAGCAGAUUCCCCACCACACCACCAUCCACCAUCCGCAUCCCCUCCGACACAUACACAUCCACCACCCGCCAGCAGCAGAAUGCCGGCGCCUACUCAGCAGCGGGUAAGACCUUCGCCCUCCCCGUCAAAAUCAACAGUGCAGCAUCGCGAGGAGGAAACCACGCCUGAUGGCGGCACCAUCGAACUCGACAACUACCCCGAAAUCAUUGAUCUCACCGUCUUUGAGCAGAUCCUCGAAAUGGACGACGACCCCGAGGAUCGCGACUUCAGCAAAGACAUCGUAUCCGGCUUCUUCGAGCAAGCAGAGCAAACACUGGAAAAGAUGAACCAGUCCCUCGUCCAAUCCAACCUCCCCGAACUCUCCAGCCUCGGCCACUUCCUCAAGGGCUCCUCCGCCACCCUCGGCCUCGUCAAGGUGCAAAAGUCGUGCGAGAAGAUCCAAAACUUCGGCAAGCGGCUCGACGCCAGCGGCAACCGCGACGAGCCCGACGACGCAAAGAGCCUCGACAACAUCCGCUCCACCCUCGGCGACGUUGACGAGGAGUACCACGAGGCGAAGCGCUUGCUGCAGCAGUUUUUCAAGACGGAGGGAGAGUGAAGUCGGUGGCUGGCUAAUUCCGGUAAGUGGUAGCGUGGUCAUGGGCUGGAAGCGGACGCCGCUUUGCAGUUUGCCCUCUCUGCACGAUGUCGGCGGCAGCGGUUGGGCAGGCUAUGGUCAGGGCUACGGUGAUGGGUGGAAUGUGGCAGUGGGCUGCGGCGAGUGUGUCAUUCUCUCAACCUUU